AGAGAGAGAAAGAGAGACCUCCCACUCGUAAUCCGAGGGCUUAUAAAUCCACGCUCGGCCGGUGCCAGGGUAACGGAGACUCGCAGUACGCACGCGCGCAACAUCGUUUCUCUCCGGACGGCGCUCACUCACUCACUCGUCUCUUAACUCUCCCCGAGACUUUCUUUCUUACACCCGGACUCAAAGACUCAAUCUCGUCUUACAACUUUAGAUAGAAAGUUUUCUUUUCUUUUCCCCCUCCACCGGCACAGAUCCUUUCUCGUUCUGUGUCCGAAAGUCUCCUAAGUCUCCUUUAGCAUAGAUCUCCUACAGUAAGUUGUUGCCGUGCAUUGUUGUCGUCGGCGGUUGGGAGUGAGCCUGUUUGUUCUGACGUCAGACACCUGGACUCGAGUGAGAGACUUUGUCUGUUCUCCCCGGGUCGGGUGCUUGCCUGCAGCCUGCAGUCAGUUGUCCAGCUGGUGAUCGUCCGCAUCGGCCCUCUUUCAUCGCUGCCGUCGGUGUUGCUCCUGGUCAGUCAUGGGGUCCGGCUCUCGCCUCGUGUGCCUGCUUCUGCUGUCGAUGCUCGCGCUCGCUGCCGUCUCAGCGUCCUCCCUGGACCAGACCCGGUCACGCCGGAGUCUGCAGGCGGCGGACAGCUCUGACGAUAUGCUGGCUGACGACUGGGCGGCCUCCGUGCCCACCGACGAUCUGCUGAUGAGACUGGGGGAGGGCAGAGAGAAGCGCGGCUGGUGCCGGCCCAACAUGACCUUCAACUCCAUCCUGGGACGGUGCACCUACGUCUACAGCAAGCUGAAGGGAGGCCGGGGCAAACGCGGCUGGUGUCGCCCCGAUAUGAUCUUCAACCCCAUCCUGGGCCGGUGCACUUUUACUUACGCGGCUAUCCGCAACAGGGGCCGAGGUUAACCUCUUGACCGUGACGUUCUACUGACCACCAGAUGCCCAUUGUCAUCCCCACGUGUCGUGUCUGCCAUGAAAUCGUCCACAACACCCAGAUGGCAUUUGUGUGACAUCUUGGUGAAAUGAGGUGCUUCUCGAAAUAAUACUAUUGAAGAAACGGACAUUUUACCACCCGUUGAGCAAUUCUAUUCUUUUAUAUAGUUGGGGGGUUUUUUGGUAGAAGUGGGGAAGAACACCUUUUAUAUCCGUAUAAAGUCGCAUCUAUGGGUGAAUUCUACGAUCAAAGGCAUAAAAAAUGCAAAUUUGCAGAUGCCAAGAACACUAAAGCUUUAGAAGUUACCAAACUUUGAUGGACAUUUUCUCUCUGAUUUUUAUCUAUAACACCUUGCAACCCCUACCCUUGUCAAUGGCAAAUGUGUUAACUUCUUUUCAAGAUGGAUGGGUAUUUUUCCUUCAAAAGCAAGACAAAUGAAUACGCUUUGAAAUUAUACCAACAACUCCGUGUAAAGUUAUGCCCAAAAAUUGACGAGCACCUGAUUCCACUGCGUCGUGACACAUUUACUGAGAGACCAGAUAACGUCGCAACUAUCACAUACAUGUAUGCCUGUUGUGUAUGAGAGUAUAUGUCUGUUUCACUUCUGAUUGUUGGCGAAAACUUCAGGGUCCUUGAAGGAAUGGGAACAUAAAUAAAUACUUUAGAGAGUGCGUAUUGAAGGUUGGUUAUCUCAGUGCAAAAAUGAUUGCCGUCAUUAAUUAAGACACGAAAUUUAUUUCUAUUUUGUUAUCACUUCAAGGACUUUCGGUGUCCAUUGAUUCCACUUUUGGUUUUGAUAAAGUUUCAUUAUCCGCACAUCCCUGGAGAGUUUGUUGUUAUUUAUCAUUGGAGCAUGCAUUCUUUUUGCCAUUCACAGAGUUCUUGGAGCAUUUUUCAAAAUGCGGAUAUCAUCCUUUGUAGAAAAGAUUUAAUCUUUACGCACUACAGUUCUCGAAGAUAUCAAAAUAACAUUGCCGUAUCUUAAAGUAUAGCGAAAAAUAUCCCUCUGAUGUACUUUAUUUUUUUCCAGAUUGAUCUCUUUACAUUCCCAACAAACCGUAUUGUUGUGCAACUUUUUCAAUAAACGUCAUUUCGAGUCCUGUA